AUGUCCUCGACAUGGGAGCGCCCUCAAGCGACACCUGGGCAGGGCAUCCCUGCCAUGAAUCCCUACUGGCGCCUGACCUCCAAUCCCUACGUCUUCACUCCGCCACCACCGCCACCAGCACCUGCGCCCGGUGGAGCUCCCGCUGGAGCUGCAGGAGCCGUUGGGCCCUACACGGAUGGACGGAACGGCGCGGUUGGGACGUCACCAUUGGGGCUGCAGACCUGUAGCAAGGCUUCAGCACCGGCUCGUGUGGUGCGUGGCCGGUGCGGACGCUUUGGAAGUCAAAGCUAUUUGCGUUCGGUGGGGGAUUUGGACGAACCCUUCGGGCGCCUGGAUGCGAGCCCCGAGGAGAAGGAAGUGGCUGAGUUGUUGGAGUCCCUGCCACCGCACCAUCUCAAGGAAAACUUCGCGGAAAGUGAGCCCUGCGCCGUGUGCCGCGACGUGAUGCGCUGCGGCGACCUGGUGCGUCGCCUGCCGUGUCUUCACGUCUUCCACGCCUCGUGCAUCGCGCGGUGGCUCUGCGUCAGGGCCACGUGUCCCUUGGACAACUCCAAGGUGCUGCAACAGCUAAGACCGACGGAGAGGAUGGAGACGGAGAGGAUCCAGGCUCCUCCAGCUCCCAGUCCUAGACAGCCGGCCGUGGCUCCGGCAUCACCGAGUUCCUCGCCCUUGUACCAACCCAGCCGCUCCCCAAGCCCUGCUACCAGCCGGGGCCAAAGCCCGGGGGCCCCGGGCCCCAGCCCGGCUUUGGGCGGCUCCACUGGCGGCUCUGAGCAGCCGUUAAUGCUGGCGCAACGCCUGAGCCGCUGGCUCCGAAAGCUGCCAGAUACACACCGUGGUUGGAUCGUAGUUGUGGAUGAGGCGCUCUCGGUCUGGCAGCAGCGCUUUGUACAAACAGGCCGGCGUUUUCCACUGCUAUCACCAGCUUGCAUCUCAAAGGUGGCGGCCGCCAAUGGUUUCAAGUAUCGCAUUACACCUGGUACCAAGUGGUGUGGCGAUGGAGGUUGGAGCCAUUUGGAUUUCUUCCCUGUCCUGCGUUCUGGGACCAACAUCCCAGCAGACAAGCGAGUGCCCAUUUGCAUCUCCUACAACCGCAAUGGCUACUACUACAGAUUUGAGAACUCCGUGAGGGGCUGUGUGGGCAAGCACAAACCCACCGGAACGCAGUGGACGCAUGCGCAGACCAUUUACACCUCGCGCGAUGCAAAUGGCACUGCCUACUGCGUUGGGAUGAAGGAGGCCGGCGAACACACACGCUGGACGGUGCAAAAAGCGCAAGUCUGUGCUGAUGGCUUUCGACACAGCUUUGGAUUUCGCGCGAUGCAUAAUGACUACACUUCGCCAUUGGUGCCGUGUUGCAUUCUGGUGGCUUUAAACUCCCAGUUGGGCUCCAAAGAGACUCCGCUCCAACGCUUUGCUGCGGGCAAGGAAUGUGAGACUUCCACGGAGUGGAGGGUGGUGUACAAGCUGGUGCUGCUAUCAAGGCCAAUUGAUGUCUCGACCUUGGAUGAGUGUGGCAGGGAGGUGGGACCAGGUGAUUCCUUGUACUUUCAAACUGGAACUGGAAGAUGA